GUCUCUCGUGGUCCCUAGUCGCGCGAACCCGGAGACGCGAGCUCGGAGACGCGAACUCGGAGACGCGAACUCGGAGAUGCGAUCGCGUCGCGAGAAGCGUAAAACUCGUGGAAAGAUUGUAGACGCGACGAGGUCGAAUCUAGCAGAGGCCCGAGGGAAAGAGGCGGACCGAAUCGGACGAUAGAGAAUACACAGACGCAUCUGGGAUGUCUUCGUCGAGCGUAGGAAAAACCGAGCGUCGUCCGGCCAGCAACCACCGGCUAAACGGGCAACGAGAGAAGGCAAUUUCAAGAGCGCGUCCCAAGUUUGGUAGCGUGCCGGGGUCAUCGUCGCCGGAAAGGUUAUCGAUGAUUCGAGGAAAGGUGGGGAGAUUUUUGUGCGCCGUCAACGUAUUCUUUGGCGGCGAGCAGGCCAUCGGAACUGUAAUCGAGCGUAAUCGAGUGCCGCGCGUUGGACCGCACACGUUCGGUAAAACCGCGACGAAGGGAUCGAUCGAGGAAGGGGAGGGCCGAGGAGAGGUUCGAUCGGGUCGGGAGCGCGCACCGAUCCCGCGAUUCUCGCCGCGAAUCGUUGGAGCCAUGGAGACGAGGUGCUGGGCGAGAGCGAUCCGGAAAGGCUUCGACGGCUCGAGAAGCAGGCGGGUCCUGUGGCUGUACGGCCUGGCCGCGUUCACCAGCAUAACGAUGUUCGUGGCGUUUUGGUUCACGAACGCGUUCCAAAACGCGAUCCUGUCCAACUUGGAGCUGCGAAACGGCACGUCGGCGUAUCUGCUAUGGCAGCAGCCACCGGUCGGUCUGCUGCUCAGCGUCUACGUGUUCAACUACACGAACCUGGACGAGUUCGAGAGCGGAAACGCGACGAAGCUGCGGGUGCAGGAGGUCGGCCCUUUCGUCUACCGGGAGAAUCUGAGCAGAGUGAACGCGGAGUUGCACGAGAACGGGACGGUCACCUAUCAAGAGAAGAGGACCUUCGAAUGGGUGUCCGGCGAGCCGGACGAUCAAACGGUGAUCGUCCCGAACGUUCUGCUCGUGUCGAUUCUCGCCUUCUCCCGAAACUUGCCCUACGUGAUGCAACUCUUGUUGACCAUGCUGCUUUCCGGCCUGCGUUCCAAGCUGUUCCUCGAGUUGCCGGUCGGCGAAUUCCUUUGGGGCUACGAGGACGAACUCUUUCGCGUGAUCAAGCCUUACUCGUCGCUCAAAGUCAACAUUCCUUUCGAGAAAUUUGGGCUUCUCGCAUUUAGGAGCGGCGUAAACGAGGAUCGGAUCACGAUGCGCACCGGAGUCGAAGAUCUCGAACACAUCGGACUGAUCGAGCGAGUGAACGGAGCGCAGGAUCGCAAGGUUUGGGGGGACGAGAAAUGCGACCGCGUGUUCGGCACCGACGGCAGCAUGUUCCCGCCUCAUUGGAUCGAAAUGCCGUACAACGCCACGCUCCAGGUGUACGCGAAAGACGUUUGCCGGCGUAUACCGUUCGAAUUCGAACGCCGCGACUAUGCCCACGGCAUUCCCACGUAUAGGUUCCAACUGGCGAGCAACGUUUUCACGACGACGCCCGACGAGAACAGCUGCUAUUGCCAAAAGGAUCCGAACGAUCUCGACUCGAGAAGAUGUCCACCGGCCGGGACCUUCAACGUUUCCAGCUGCAGAUUCGGCACUCCGCUGCUGAUCUCGUUUCCUCACUUUUACGCGGCGGACGAGUCUCUGUUCGAAGAGAUCGAGGGUUUGUCGCCGAAGCGAGAGCAUCGCGAGAGCUACAUCGAUCUCCACCAGAGAUUAGGCGUCACGGUGGGCACCAGAAUGAAGAUUCAGCUGAACAUGGAGGUGCGCAAGGCGGUCGGAGUGCCGUUCGCGGAUCGUUUGAAAGACGGAACGAUCUUGCCGGUGAUCUGGACGGACACCGAGAUCGAGGAGAUGCCGGAAUCCGUGAAGCAGCUGCUCUAUCGGAGCCACUAUCUCGUGAACGCGAUCGAAGCUGGAUUUCAGUGGUGCAGUCUGGUCGGCGUCGUGCUCUUCUUCGGUGGUCUGGUCGCCGCGUUCAAGAAAGACGAGGAGCCGCUCCAAGACAUCAAACUCGAGUCGUCGAGGGACCAAAGAAAAAUCCGGCAAGACGUCGUUGCGGCAACGUGAAUCGUUUCGAUACUUGCCUUUCAUCGAUUGUCGCCGCCGUUUCCGAUACCAACGUCGAGGCGAACCGUGGUCGCGAUCGAAGAGCCUUCGAAAGAGACUCGAUCGCUCGGUUUCUCGUUCCGGUAAGGAGAGAGUUCCGAUUCGUGGAUGGGGAUCGACCGACCGACCGAGCAACCGAUCGAUCGAUCGAUCGAUCGACCGACCGACCGACCGACCGACCGACCGACCGACCGAGGUGUCCCAGACGUUUCCAUGCUCCAUCGAUCGCGUCGAACCCGCGUGUAGCAAAACGCGACGACGGCGCGACGCUUAUCGAGCAAGAAUCUCGACAUCUUCGUUGUUUACGUUCGCGAUCGAUUCGGUCGCACGCGAGCGCAAAACGAGAACGCGAACGCGAACGUCGGAGCGAUCCACUUCCGUCGAAUCCGAUAACCGAGGUCGCAUCGAACGACGUACGGCGAGACACGAGAUAACUGCUGUAUUAUUUUUUCUCGAAUUUAUCGCGACCGAACGCGUUCAACGGCAACAAGUUCUCGCGCGAUGGGGCAGGAUAUCUGCGAACACGCGGCGGUCGAUUAGUUCCGAUUAGUUUCGGACGUUCGGACGUGGCACGAGAUUCGAAGAUUCGAAGAUUCGAGAGAGCAAACCAAGCACGGUGUACCUGUCUUAUAAAACAUUUAUUCGUCUCCACCGAAUCGCUCGACGAUCGAAUUGACACGAAUCCGACCGAUUUAAAAACCAUUUCGCAGUUUUAUUGCCUGCUCGCGCUCCAAAGUGGUAGAAAACUAAUUUUUACCUAAGAAUAUGAACCUAACCGCGAUCCAUCUGAAACAACGAGACGUUUAGAACGAUAGGCGCGUAUACUCGAACCGGUAACGAAUAACGGAUAGGAGGAGCUCGAUCGUUGCGGAGUGCGCGCUGUUCGAGUAUGUACAAACUGAUAAAAAAAUACGUAUUUCCUA